GAGACCAAAUAGCAUUCAGGGUGGGAGAGAAGUCAGGGGUUUGGAAGGGGUGGGGGAAGAGACAGAUACAGACAGAAAGAAAAAAAAAAGCAGAAAGAGAGAAAUAGGUUGAAAGAGAACACAGAAACGGAGAGAGACCCAAUAAAAGAGAGCGAGAAGCAGAGAGAGACAGAGACAGAGACAGACGCAAAGACAGAGACAGAAGGAAGGAGACAGAGUGAGGACACAGAGGAGGCUGGGUGAGGGCAGAGUAGGGUAAGACUAGCCUUGUGGGGCUGACUCAAGAUCAAGAGCAGAGCAGCUGAGUCUUCUCAGGAGACGGAGCACAGCCUCCCACCGCAGGAGCACCCCAACAUGGAGCUUCCCUCAGGGGCUCUCCUUGGGACCGGCAUCCACUGUCAGAGGCUCCUGCUCACAGCCAUCCUGCUUGCCUCCACGGCAACUGCUCAACUGACUCUCUCCCCUAAGAACCCAGAAUGGAUAGAGGGAUAUCCAUUCAUCUGGAAAAUCAACGGAGCCCCCACCGGUGAUGUCAACUAUACAUGGUACCGGGGGGACGGAACUAAUGAACUAAACAUGGUGGCCUCAUAUGUCUCCCCCCCUCCACGCUGGAUCAUUGGCCUUGCAAACACCGGACGGGAGAACGUGACUGCUCAGGGCUUCCUGAAUAUCACAAAAGUAGAGAUGAGGGAUGCUGGGAAUUACACAAUAGUAGUGACCACCCCUGAGGGAUCGCAGGAGGCCACUGGACAGAUGCGAGUCUGGGAGGACGUGCUCCAACCCGACAUCACAGUAAACACCACCUCGGCAGCAGAGUUGAUGGACAUUGUGAACUUCACGUGCCAUCCCAGAAACAGCGGCAACAUGCAGAUUAAGUGGUACUUGAACUACGGGCCAGUGUCACAGGGAGAUCAGUGGACUCUGUCCCCAGACAACAGGACCCUCACGGGCUGGGUCACUCGCUUCCAGAAAGGGCCCUUUUACUGCCAAGUGUCAAACCCGAUCUUCUCAGAGAGGAGCAUCUUUAAGUAUCUGGAUAUAUACUAUGGGCCAGAUUCCAUAUCCCGGAAAUCCUCCCCUCCGACCUAUGGUGGCAGAAUCGAAUCUCGACUGGGCUACGGCGUGGAAAUGGAGUGUAGCACGACGUCAAAUCCCGCAAGCCGCUAUCGAUGGCUUCGCAAUGGCAUUGCUCUGCAGAGCACUACCAGCACUUACAACAUCAGUAGCAUGUCCUUGGCAGAUGUGGGCACCUACAGGUGCAUUGCAGAGAACCCCAAGACCCAGGUAGUUCUCUAUUCAACUGUCGUCCUCAGAGUUUAUGAGGACCUUUCUUUCUCAAAUGGGAUUCCCUACGUCCUCCCCCAAGGAGCUGUCAUAUUCUUCAGCAUUGGUGUCAGCCUGGGCCUGUUAAGUCUCAUAGGAGCUUUGAUUUUCUACCUGGUCUCCAGACGGUGACUGAAGUUGAGGGAAAUGCUAUCCAUUUCCAGAGGGGGAAAAAACAGAUGGAGUGUGAAUGCAGAUCAAAGCACACUAUUUUUCACUCUGUUUUUCUUGGAGUGUGAAUGAAGAUCAAAGCACACUAUUUUUCAUUCUGUUUUUCUUGGACUUUUGUUGGUCAGUAUUUCCUUGCAUAACAUGACAAAAAGACAAUGUAUUUUAUGUGAUUAUAACCAAAUUGCUUGCUUUUUCAAUAAGGGAUAGGGAAAGGAGAGAGGGAGGAUGAGAAUUUGAAACUCAAAACCUUAAAAAAAAAAAAAAAGAAUGUUCAAAUUGCCUUACAUGUAAUUGGGGAAAAUUAAAUAGUAAUUAUUUAAAUAUUCUGCAAGCAAUAAAAUAUUCUUCAAAAAUAUGUCAGCCAAGAAUUAUCAGAAGUAUAGCCUGGUUUUUGAUGAGGCAAAAGAACUAGAGUUAAAAUUGCCAACAUUUGCUGGAUUAUGGAGAGGGCAAGAGAGUUCCAGAAAGCAUCUCCUUCCAUCUCAGUGACUUGACUGCACUAAAACCUUUGAUUGUGUGAAUCACCACAAAAUGGGGCAAGUCUUCAAAGAGACGGUAGUGCCAUGUCAUCUUAUUUGUCCCCUUAGGAACCUGGAUGGGAACCAAGAAGCAAUAGUUAGAAUCAGACUUGGAACUACUAUUUGUUUAAGAUUAGAAAAAGAGUUACAUGCUGACAGCAAAAAAAUAAAGAGGAAUUAAGAAGCCUCUUGAAGAGAGUGGGGAAAAAAGCAUGUAAAAGUUGUCUUAAAGCUUAACAUCAAAAAGAAAAAAAAAAAAAAAAGCCUAAGGUUAGGUAUACAAGACACAAUAGUAAUCUACAGUUUGAUAAAGCCAAAGACUCUGGCUUCUGGAAUAAGAACUUACUAUUUGACAAAAAUUGCUGAAAACACUGGGAAAUGAUAUAACAGAAACUAGGCACUGAUCAACAUCUCUCCCCCACACCAAGAUAAGGUCAAAGUCAGUGUCUGACUUCUUUUGCCUUAUCAAAGUAGAUGAUUUAGACAUAAAGUGAGAUCCUACAAGCUAGGGAAAUCAAGGAAUAGUUUACCUGUCGGAUCUAUAGAGAAGGGCAUAAUGUAAAACCCAAACAGGAAAUAGAAAACAUUAUGAAGUGAAAGAUAGAUCAUUCUGAUUAUGUUAAAAUAGAAAGUUUUUGCACAAAUUAAGCCCAAGCAACAAAAUUAGAAAGGAAGCAGAAAGCUCGAGAAAAAAUCCCUAUAUAGACAAUCUUUCUGAUAAAGGACUCAUUUCUAAAAUAUGUAGAGAACUGAGUCAAAUUUAUAAACAUACAAAUCUUUCUUCACUUGAUAAAUAAUCAAAUGAUAUGAAGAGUUUUCAGAUGAAGACAUUAAAGUCUUUUAUAAUCAUAUGAAAAAAAGUGUUCUAAAUCACUAUUGAUUAGAGAAAUACAAAUUAAAACAACUGUGAGGUACCUCCCUGAUAUGUAUUAGAUUGGCUAAUGUGACAGAAAAGGAAAAUGAUAAAUGUUGGAAAAGAUGUGAGAAAACUGGGACACUAAUGCAUUAUUGGUGGAGUUGUAAACUGAUCCAACCAUAAGAAGAGCAAUUUGAAACUAUGCCCAAAGAGCUAUCAAAUUGUACAUACUCUUUGAUAUAGAAAUACCACUAGGUCUGUACCUCAAAGAGAUCAUUAAAAAAAUAGAAAAUUGGAAAAUGAGUGUAUGCCCGUUAUCUGGGGAAUGGUUGAACAAAUUGUGGUAUAUGAAUGUAAUGUAAUACUAUUAUUCUACAAUAAAUGUUGAUCAGGAAGAUUUCAGAAAA